CACUUUUCCCAACCAUAAUUUUCUCUCUUUUCAGUAUUUUUCCUUUUUCCACACCGGACUCCAAACCAUUUUCUUAAACAAAAUAUAUAAUUUCCAUCCUUUCUAAUUUCCGUAUUUAUUUAAUAAUACCCUACUACUAUUAUUUAAUACUUAAUUAACCUUUUCCAUCAUUAUUAUUUUCCUCUAAUUACAAUUCGGACAUACUGAGGAAACUUCUGAACCCAAAAUUAGUUUUUUUAACUUGUCAAAACUCCAUUUUCACAUUUUCUCAACAAUCUCAUUACUUCACAAAGCCAAAAAAUUCAAUCUUUACCCCCAUAAUUUCCUUCUUUAUUUCUGCAAAAAUACUUAAAAAUUUCCACAAAAAAUUCUGAUCCUUUCCAUCUUUACUCUCUGCUUUGCUAAUUUGCUUUGUUAUUUUCUUCUAAAAUUCGAAGAAAGGGAAAAAAAAAAUGAACAGUACUCUUAGCUUUUUGCCAGCUUAAUCUUACUCUGUUUUCUGCUAAGCUCUGGAAAAUUAUGGGUGUUUGAAGAAAACUUAGGAACCCAAAACUCCAUUUUCACAUUUUCUCAAUACUUCAUAAAGCCAAUAUAUUCUAUCUUUACCCCAUAAUUAGUACUAGAAAAUUAUGGGGUUUUGAAGAAAAGGAAAAAGGAAAAUCUUCUUGAAUUUAUUUUGUUGGCUAUGGAGGGAAGUAAUAGUGGAGUUACAGUAGUGGGAUCAGAUGCUCCAUCAGAUUACCACGUGGCACCAAGAACCACCACUGAGAAUAAUCCGACAACAACACAACCAGUAACAACAUCCCAUGUUGUUGUCUCUCCAACUGCCGGCUUAACAGUUACAACAGCUUUGACUGUUAAGAAAAAGAGAGGAAGACCAAGAAAGUAUGCAGCAGAUGGUUCUGUUAAUGUUCUUUCUCCAAAGCCAAUUUCAUCAUCUGCACCUUCACCUGUCAUUGAUUUUUCUUCGUCUGAGAAACGUGGAAAAAUUAGGCCAGUUGGUUUAGUUAGUAAACCUCAAUCUCAUCAUCAGCCUAAAGUUGAUUUAGAUACUCCAGGUGAAUGGGUUUCAUGCUCUGUUGGUGCAAAUUUUACCCCGCAUAUUAUUACUGUAAAUACUGGAGAGGAUAUCACCAUGAAGGUUAUAUCAUUCUCUCAACAAGGGCCUCGAGCAAUAUGCAUUCUUUCAGCAAAUGGGGUAAUUUCAAGCGUUACACUUCGUCAACCAGACUCCUCUGGUGGCACAUUGACAUAUGAGGGCCGGUUUGAGAUACUAUCUUUGACCGGAUCGUUUAUGCCAUCAGAGACUGGAGGAAUGAGAAACAGAUCUGGCGGAAUGAGUGUUUCUCUAGUAAGCCCUGACGGACGUGUUGUUGGGGGUGGAGUUGCCGGUCUAUUAGUAGCUGCUGGUCCCGUGCAGAUUGUUAUAGGUAGCUUCCUUGCUGGAGACCAGCAUGAGCACAUAACCAAGAAAAACAAAUCGGAGUCCGUUAUUGCUGCGGUUCCUCUACCCGAGACGGAAGACCUUUAUCACUCUUCCGUAAAACAAACUAUGCCAGCUUCCUCCUCUUUCCGCGUAGAUAAUUGGUCAGCCCCUGAUUCUAGGAAUAAGUCAGCUGAAAUAAAUGUUACUCUACCAGCAUAGGGUGAAAUUUUAAUGUGUAAACCACAAGGACUACGCGUCUUUAAUGACGUUCCUAUUGAUCCUUAUCACCUCUAUUUGCUGUUUGUGUAAAACUUUUUCCAGUGAGGUAUGUGCAGUAAUCCAAACUGGUUUUCUAGUUUUGUUAUUCUAGUGUUUGACAGUAGAACUUUUAGAUGUAUGAUGGGUUCCACAAAUUGAAUCCCAUCUUAGUGCUUAAGGGUUUAUGUCUAGUUUUAACAGGCGUAUUCAAUCC